ACGUCGUCUACACCAAGAAAUUUGCCCCCUUCUAUUACUCAUCCGGAAGUGCAAGUUGGAGUAAAAAAGAGAUAUCUGGUGUAUGUCUGUGACAACCGAGAACUGUGUGGUGGCAUUGGUGACAGGCAGAGAACCAUAACGUCCUUCUUUCUGUUGGCCAGACUUAGCAAUCGACAGUUUUACAUGAUCAUGUCGAGUCCUUGCAAUUUUAACAAUUUUUACAUACCCAGAAACUACCAAUGGGAGCCUAACAUGACGGAGUUAGAACCGCCCAAUGAGAAAAAUACCCUUUCUUUCCUGACGUUUUGUAAGGUAGGCGAUGAGUUUAUGAAACAGUUGAGUGAAGGUGACUUCAACACAAAAUAUCCACAGAAAGUCAUCUAUUUUAGAACAAAUUACGAUAUUUCUGAACCCCUGUGCAUCAACCCAUUUUAUUCAAAACUCAUGGAGCAGUGGAACGGCUUACAAGACAAGCGCGACAGAUUUCACUGGGCCUGGCAUGAACUGAUGCAACCUGCUCCAAAACUCAUGACGAAUUUGGAGCGCGUCUUAGGCAGUAGAUUUUUGUGCAGGAAAGGUCUGAUGUCUCCGUCUCAAGUCAAGACAUCAAACAUAAAACCGUUGUAUGACGUUGGUGACUCGAAACUCAUCUGUGCGCAUGUCCGAAUGGGCGGUAACCCAUCAAUACCCAUGGACGGCCAUUAUGUUAGGGUGCCCUUAAGCGAAAUACCAACUAUACACAAAUUUAUGUUGUCAAAAGACACAGACGGCAAGGCCAUGUUUUACGUCGCAACAGACUACAUCAACAUUCGCAUCAGAUCACACAACAAGUUUGGGAAAAGGUUUAUUGAUUAUGGUGCUAAAAUAUUCCACAUAGAUCUCCAGCGAAGCGGAAAUGAUAUAUGUGAAGGAUUCGGAGAUGCUGCCUUGGAUCAGUUGAUCUUAAGUCUGUGUGACGUAUUGGUGGUGUGCAACAGUGGCUUUGGUGUUGGGGCCUACUAUAUAAGUAAUAGCACUGGACAUGGAUACUAUGUAGAGAAUGAGGAAGUUUUUCUAUUUAAGGAAAAGACAGCUAAUUACUAA